AUGGAAACAAAUUCCUUCAUCUACAUGCAGACUCGCUUCACAACUGAGGCAGAAAAUCCUAUCAGUCUUCUAAAGGACGUUGACGGCAUUGAUACCUUCGCCAACGACCUUCAACAAAACCAGAAGACGGGUAGCGCAGGCCACACUCGCCCCCGACAGUCCCUCAACCCACGCAUCCAGUUUUUGCGCCUUUCGGCUCUGGUUCGAUCGCGAACCGGCGUAUUAGGAGCGACUCCUCCAUAUCAGCCCGUGCCGCCAUCUUUGUAUCGAUCCCCCACCGUCGAGCCGGAGCAGGAGUUAGACGCGCGAUCCGAGCAUAGGGGGUCUUCUCCCUUGCGUAAUCUCGCUUUCUCACGCUGGCCGCCGGUGUAUGAGUCACAACGACGCACGCCUAUAUCUGACCCAAUCAUCUCGACCAGGCUGCGACGAAAUCUCCGCUCGAGGAACAGCAGGAUGCCUCAGACAGGAUUUCAGGCUCUGAUUUUAUGUGGUCCUGGUAUUGGACUCAGCACCUUCACCAGUGUCCCGGCAGAAUAUCCCAAGGCCUUGGUUGAAGUCGCCAAUCGGCCUAUGGUCUGGUAUGUCCUGGAUUGGUGCUAUCGAAUGGGCGUGACAGACAUCACUCUUAUCACUCCCCCAACGUCAAAGGGUUCAAUAGCUGCCGCCCUCGCACAGAAUCCAUACUUGACUUCUCUACCGUCGCCAACUCCUGACCUGCUAGCUCCCGAGGAACUGGAAUUUACGACGCCGACUGCGGAGCUCCUCAGAUUACCAGAGGUACAAGCUAACAUCAAGUCCGAUUUCCUUGUUCUACCCUGCGAUCUCAUCUGUGCUGUCUCGGGAGAUGCCUUCCUCGAGACCUAUCUAACGAGGCUGGGAGGACCAGGUGGAAUCGGUAGUAGCACAGGUCUAGACAAUGAUACAUCUAGAAACGAGCUUCUAGCGCUUGGAGGCGAACGUCGAGGACGACGUGGUGGUCUGUCAAUAUGGUACAAUACCGUUGACCGAGAGGAGAGCGUCAAAGGCGAGGAAUGCGACUUUAUGUGCACCACCAAAGUCGACCCCGAACACGACAUACCGCUUUCGAAAACUGCAUCCUCGCAAACACAAGGAAUCCUUCGCAAACUUGUCUGGACGAUGCCCAUGUCCGAGCUUUGGGAUCAUUGCGAGGAGAACAAAUCGUGGAAGAUUCGACAGUCUCUCCUCCGGAAACAUGGCGCGAUCAAGUGCAUGACCAGAUACCGAGACUCUCAUAUUUACCUCUUCCCUUAUUGGGUCAAGGAUUUCGCGAAGCUGAACGAGGAUUUUGAAUCCGUUAGCGAAGAUCUUGUGGGCACUUGGGCGAAAGCUGAAUGGCGCAAGCCUUCCUACCGAGCUCGGUUUGGCGCGAGAAAGAUUUUCUCCCAGAAGAACUCUCUAGAACGGAGUGAACUCCUUUCCCAUGAGCGGCCGAUCGAGGAGGAAAUCGAUUUGCUAUCGCUCAGCAGCACACAAAUUACCGCACAACCAGUAUCCGAGUCGCCGCCCACGGUACGCACCGCCAGACUUGCAUCGAGAGUUCACGCCGACGCAGAAGACAGCAUCCUUUCCCCAUCUGAAGAGUCUCAAGCGGGGGAGGAAGCAGGACCGAUACCUCUCGUCCCUCCCAUUUUGUCUUACAUCCUCCCAUCCGCGCCUGACGCGCCGCUGGUGCGCAGAGUCGACACCACACCACUUCUCCUGUCCGUUUCCCUUUCUCUUGCGAAGCUGCCAGCCAUAGAAGAAUCUUUAGCCGCCAGAAUACCGGUGUCUCCAUUCGCACACCAGUCCAAAAUACACGCAACUACGACGAUCGCGCCGCGCGUGACCAUCUCGCGUGCCGACACGCUUAUCGACAGCAAUGGUACGAUCGCGACGCAGUGCGUAAUCAAGUCUAGCGUGAUCGGUGCAUCUGUGGCGAUUGGGACCGGCACCAGGAUCACUGGGUGCGUGAUCAUGGAUGGCGUUACUAUCGGCGACAAAUGUGUUUUGACCAACACGGUGGUGGGCAAGAAGGCCAAGGUGGGAAACAAGUGCUCGCUGGUGGGCUGUGAGGUGCAAGACGGCAACGUCGUCGCGGAUGGCACCGAGGGCAAGGGCGAGAAGUAUCUUGUGGGAGGGUUGGAGGAUGAAAUGGAGGGUGAGGAAGGGAUGGGGUUUGAUGACGACGAUCCAGAUGCCGAUGAGAUCGCCUAG